CAUGGCGGCUAGCUACGAAGUUGACAAUAUUCAAGUAAUUGAGCUUCAUAUGAUGAAUAAGACAAAGUACUACCCUUUGACUUUAAUUAGUGGUUUCACUAUUAGAAGUACUCUAUACCCUUUCUCUUUAAUAAAAACACGCAUCCAAGUCCAAAAGAAGAAAGCAUUAUAUAAUGGAACUUUUGACGCUUUUUCUAAAAUAACGAGAAAUGAAGGAUUCCGUGGUUUAUAUAAAGGUUUUUGGAUAUCUAAUAUGUUAAUAGUUUCACAAAUGACUUAUAUAACAACAUAUGAAAAUGUCAGAAGAUAUCUUGCUGAUCAUACACAGCUUACAAACAAUAAAAUUAGAAGCUUUAUAGCUGGAGGAUGUGCAUCUAUAUCUGCUCAGACUUUUGUUGUUCCAAUCGACAUCAUUUCACAACAUCUCAUGAUGUUGGGUCGAAGUAGUGGUUCAGCAGAGCCGAAAACAGCCUCUCUGGAUCCCUUAAAAUUAAGUUUAACUAGUGAUAAUCUUAAGACGAGGCUUGGUGCAACAAAAGAAAUCAUUCAAGCUGUUUAUAGACAACAUGGAGUCAGAGAUUCAUUGGCAAGCAUUUCACCUGCAUUUGUUCCUAGAUUAGUCCUACAAUGUAUUGCAGCACCAAUAGGAGGUGUGACAACAGCCCUGAUAACCAAUCCCAUGGACAUUGUUCGAGCCAGAAUUCAGGUUGAACAAACACGAUUUGGCGUAACUGUAACACAACUAUGGGAAGAGGAGAGAUGGAGAAUAUUUAUGAAAGGACUUUCAGCGAGAUUAGUUCAAUCAGUAACAUUUUCGUUUUUUAUCGUAUUAGGAUACGAGACGAUCAAACGAUGGAGUUUACUGGACGAAUAUAAAAGUUCAGUAAGAUGGUAA